CAUACAGUCAGUCACUAUGUCAACUCUGAGACCGGUAUAGUUGCAUGAGUUUCUUGUGGUCUUUCAACUGGAAGUAUAAUUAUAAUGCGGCCCUUUUCGAUCGUGGCGAUUUUACUGUCAGUUGCAGCUGCUUAUUAUAUUUAUCUGCCUCUGCCCAGCACUAUAUCAGAGCCAUGGAAACUCAUGUUUAUGGAUUCUAUAUUGCGUGGUGUAAUGCAUGUGAGCUUUUUAGCUCACAAUCUUGGACUGAGUCGACCUUUUGAUAUUGCAAAGUAUGCUGCAUCAUGGGAUGAAAUAAAGGGUCCACAGUCCAGCCCAGUAAUCCGGGUCACAGAAACGUCAUUUGGAGGAGUGCAGGCGCAAGUGUUCGAGUCCACAGCAGCAGACCAAGAACCACCUUUGAAAAGAGGUGUGGUCUAUUUCCACGGAGGUGGAUGGACACUCGGCAGUGGAAAGAUGCAAACGUAUUUCCUUCAGUGCUGGUCUAUGGCUGAAGAGUUGGAUGCAGUUGUAAUAUCAAUUGAGUACACGCUGGCCCCGGAGGCACGUUUCCCAGAUCAGUAUAACGAAGCCAUUCAGGCCUCCAAACACAUCCUGACAGCCGAGGUGUUGAGUCGGUACUCCAUAGACCCGAAACGAGUGGCUGUGUCAGGGGACAGCGCCGGUGCCAAUCUGGCCGCUGCUGUGGUGCAACAGAUGGCUUUGGACAAUAGUGCUUCUAUUAAGUUCAAAGUUCAGGCACUUCUCUACCCUGUGCUUCAGGCCUUGGACUUCAACACCCCCUCGUACCAGCAGAACGGCCACAUUCCCAUCCUGCACCGUCCACUCAUGGCUCGCUUUUGGCUUGAGUACCUAAACGGGGAUCCAAGACUUGUUACAUCUUUACUGGCAAACAACCACUCAAUCUCAACUCCAAGCCAGGAGAUAGCAGCGGCCAAAGCCAAGACCAACUGGACCAAGCUUCUUCCGGUGGCCUUCCAGAAGAGCUAUAAACCUGUGUUUCCGCUUCACGGCGACCCAAAGCUGCUGGAGAAGCUGCCAGGGCUGCUGGAUGUGAGAGCAUCGCCUCUACUAGCUGAAACAGAAGUGCUGAAGGCCGUGCCGCCCGCUUACAUCAUGACCUGUGAGCAUGACGUGCUGAGAGACGACGGACUCAUGUACGCCACACGACUGGAGGAGGCCGGAGUCCACGUCACUGUUGAUCAUGUUGAAGAUGGCUUCCAUGGAUGCCUCAGUUUCGCUUUUGGACCCUUUCGGUUUUCUGUAGGCUUUCGAAGUUUUAGGAGUUAUAUCCUCUGGUUGAAGGAGAACCUCUAGCAGAUGUUUUUUUUUUUUUGGUGGGUGGGUGGGU